AUGGGGCAGCAGCAGGUCAUUCCUGAAUCCCGGCCCGAUCUGGGCACAAGCCAGGACUGGACCAAGAACGAUGAGAAGCUCCUGCAAGCUGUGGAUUACAACGAUGCCGGGAGGGUGACAUCACUCCUCGUCCGCAAGGGGCUGGUCGCCACCAAGUUGGACUCGGAGGGCAAAUCCGCGUUCCACCUGGCCGCCAUGCGGGGGAACGUGGACUGCCUCGAAGCCAUGCUGGCCCACGGCGUGGAUGCCAUGACCAAGGACAGCUCAGGUUACACUGCCCUGCACUUGGCAUCCAAGCAUGGCCACCCGCAAUGUGUCAGCAAGCUGCUGCAGGCCUCCUGCCCCGUGGACGUGCCUGAUGGCAGCGGCCGGACGGCACUGCACCACGCAGCUGUCAGCGGCUGCAUCUCGUGCUCGGAGAUCCUCUGCGAUUUCAAGGCUCCAUUGAACAUCAAGGACAAGGAUGGCUUCACGCCGCUGAUCCUUGCUGCCAAGAUGAGCCACUCAGAGCUGUGCCGGUACCUGCUGCACCGUGGAGCGGCCGUGAACAGCCGGGACCUGCAAGGGAGAACAGCCUUGAUGCUGGCCUGCGAGAACGGCAGCGUGGAGACCGUGGAGGUGCUCAUCAACGCGGGCGCCCGGGUGGCUGUGGUGGACUCCAUGGGCCACGACGCAGCUCACUACAGCCUGGCCACAGGCAAUGCUCUCAUCCAGCACUUCCUGCAGGAGGCCACCCAGCGCCGGUCCUGGGCCAGCGAGGAGUCAGCUGAGCAGACGUCCCAGACGUCUUCCCCCAGCCAGUCCACAGGCAGGGAGAAGAGCAACACCCCGAGGAAGAGGAAAGCCCCCCUGCCGCCCCCAGGCACCCCAAGCCAGGUGAGAGACGGUGUCCCCCCAGCCCGGCUGGCACAGGGCAGGGCCCAGUUCUUGCAGAAGAUCAGGGGCUGGGAGCAACAGGAGAAGCAGAGACGGGAGCGGGCAGAGCUAGACGAGGGCUCCAUUCGCUCCAUGGAGAAGCAGGUGAGCCCAGUGGUGAGGAGAUCCAGGAGCUGGAGCAGCGGGGCAGAGCUGCUGCUCUCCAAGAAGACGCUGAGCCCCUCGACCGAGGAGCUGCUGGCCACGCUGCAGGGGCAAGUGCAGUCCCUCACUCUGCAGAACAAGGAGCUGAGGGAGAAAAUACAGAUCCUGGAGAACUACGAGAGGGAUGAGAGCGACCUGGCCACCUCGGGAGACUUUGUACCCGUCAGCCUCUAUGACUCCCUCAAGCGCGAACUGGAGCAGCUGAAGGAGCAGCACGCCGAGGCGCAGGCUGCCUUGCAGGCUCUGCAAGGCGGUCGGCCCGGCGGCAAGGCCGUGCCGGCCGAAGCACACGAGCAGCUGAAGGCCGAGUACGAGGGGCAGAUCCGCGCCUUGCAGGAAGCCCUGAAGAAAGGCAACGGGAGGCAGCGGGCACGGCCGUGA